GGGUGUGUUUAGCAGGAGGAAGCAAUGGGAACCAGCCUGUCAGCCAGCCUUUCAAGCUAAUUAGCUCAGAAUACAACAAAGAUAAGUGAGCCUGAGAGGAGGGCCCUGAGGGUCUUUAGAUUCUGGGAAAUGUCUGAUUGGCAGAUGUUAAAAGGGAUUCUUUGGUAAUCCAGUGCAUCAAUGAACUGCACAAAUUCAGUCCAGAGCUGCAAGAAUUCAGGCAUGAGGACACUGUGCAGGAGGCUUGCACAGGCAGACCGAGAUGGACAGGACCUUGGAAUCUCUAAGGCACAUCGUUGCCCAAGUCUUGCCUCACAGAGACCCGGCUUUGGUCUUCAAAGACUUGAAUGUUGUGUCAAUGUUACAGGAAUUUUGGGAAAGUAAGCAGCAGCAGAGAGCCACACUCUCUAGUGAAGGCUUGGUGGUCUAUGAGUCAAUGCCCUCCUCUGGGCCUCCCUUUGUGAGCUACGUGACUCUCCCUGGAGGAAGCUGCUUUGGCAACUUUCAGUGCUGCUUAAGUAGAGCUGAGGCCAGGCGGGAUGCAGCUAAAGUGGCACUCAUCAACUCUCUCUUCAACGAGCUGCCCUCCCGAAGAAUCACCAAGGAGUUCAUCAUGGAGAGUGUUCAGGAAGCAGUGGCCUCCACCAGUGGCACUUUAGAUGAUGCGGAUGACCCCAGUACAAGUGUCGGAGCCUAUCAUUACAUGUUGGAGUCAAACAUGGGGAAGACUAUGCUGGAGUUUCAGGAACUGAUGACCGUUUUCCAACUAUUGCACUGGAAUGGAAGCCUGAAAGCCCUCCGUGAAACAAAGUGCUCUAGACAGGAAGUCAUCUCCUAUUAUUCCCAAUAUUCUUUAGAUGAAAAGAUGCGAAGCCACAUGGCCCUGGACUGGAUCAUGAAGGAGCGUGAGUCACCAGGAAUUCUCUCUCAAGAGCUACGUGCAGCCCUGGGACAGCUGGAGGAAGCCAGGAAGGCAGGACAAGAACUACGGUUUUACAAAGAAAAAAAAGAAAUCCUGAGCUUGGCUCUGACUCAGAUCUAUAGUGACCCUGACCCUUCCUCACCCAGUGAUGACCAGCUGAGCCUCACGGCUCUGUGUGGCUAUCAUUAGCAAGGCUAUCAUUUCCCAAGGACUUUCACAUCAGGAAUCUCAUUGACAGGGGUUGUCGGAGAUUUUAGCUUAAUAGUCACUACCUGAAGGGUGUACUGCUCCCUACCCAUUCUGUUCACAGGGAAUAGGAUGGGUCCAGACCCCAACUUCCUACUUCAUGUUUGUUUUCAGCCAUACCCUUAGUAGUUCUACUUCAGAAUGAAAGAAUGACAACACAACUGUUUGGAAAGAAUUAUUCAGGAUUUGAUUUAAUCUAUAAAGCCUAGUUGAUAUGUGCCUUAUUUCACAUAGGGGCCCAGUACAAGAAACCUCUAAGAAAACAGCAGCAGGACUGGGGGAUAUAGCACGCUAACAACUUUUUUUUUAAAGACAGGGUUUCUCUGUGUAUCCCUGGCUGCCCUGGAGCUCAUUCUAUAGACCAGGCUGGCGUUGAACUCAGAGAUCUGCCUGCCUCUUCCUUCUGAGUGCAUUAAAGACGUGUGCCACCACCACCUAGCUGAUCACACCUUUUAAAAGACUUAAGAUUAAAUAAAUAGUACAGAUUUGUUUGUAAAAAAUGUACAACAGUCAGUAUAUUCUCCAGCACUCCUAAAAAUUACUUUAUUCUCAUCAUAUAUUGUGAAAUUAGCUUUAAUAACAAAAGUAUCACAUAUCAUAUUUCUCAGACAAGAAGAAAUCAAGCUACACAACUGCCCUAUUCCAAUAUCCCAAAAAAAGCAAUGGUGUGUAAUAUCAGAUAGAUUUAUCUUAAAAUGUUAUUUUAACAAAAAUCACAUUGCUGCCGAUAAUGAGCCUAAAUGUCAUCCAGAAGAGAAGGAAUAGGGAUUUUUUUGCUUGUUUGUUGAAUAAAUUUUUAAGUGAAAGAAAA